AUGUCGGCGGCCGACGGGAUGACGACAAUGACGACGACGACGACGGAGCCUAUCGGCAUUUCAAAUCUGCCGAACCAGCGUCACAAGCUGGCGUCCAAGACGGGUGCCAACUUUACGCUGAUGGUCGUCGGCGAGAGCGGUACCGGCAAGACGACGUUGAUCAACACGCUCUUCCGUACCGAGCUUGCGCCGGCGCAGGACUACACGCAGCGCUACAGCAAGCAGCUGUCCAAGUCGGUGGACAUUGACAUCAUCAAGGCAGAGCUGGAGGAGAAGCAGUUCCGUGUGAAUCUCACCGUGAUUGACACGCCCGGCUUUGGCGACUACGUCAACAACCGCGACUGCUGGUCGCCGCUGGUCGACUUCCUCGACGACCAGUACGAGACGUACAUGCGCCAGGAGCAGCAGCCGCAGCGCAAGAGCAUCGCAGACAUGCGUGUGCACGCCUGCCUGUACUUCAUUGCACCGACUGGCCACUCGCUCAAGCCGCUGGAUAUCGAGGUGAUGAAGCGCCUCUCUCAGCGUGUGAACCUCAUCCCGGUCAUUGCCAAGGCGGACACGAUGGUGCCUCGCGACCUUGCCAUCUUCAAGGAGCGUGUGCGCGAGGUGAUCCGUGUGCAAAACAUCCAGGUGUUUGCUCCCCCGGUCGACUCAAUCGACGAGGCGAGCGCGGAGCACGCGCGUGCGCUCAUGGCCAGCAUGCCGUUCAGCAUGAUCGGCAGCAAUAAGGACGUGCGUACGCUCGACGGCCGCGUCGUCCGUGGCCGUGAGUACCUCUGGGGUGUUGCUGAGGUCGAGAACGAGAACCACUGCGACUUUAAGAAGCUGCGCUCGCUCCUGAUCCGCACGCACAUGCUCGACCUGAUCACCAGCACCGAGGAGCUGCACUACGAAAACUACCGCCAGAGCCAGAUGGAGACGCGCAAGUUUGGUGAGGGCAAGGUGAAGAAGCUCGACAACCCCCGCUUCAAGGAGGAGGAGGAGGCCCUCCGGCGCAAGUUUACCGAGCAGGUCAAGCUGGAGGAGGGCCGUUUCCGCCAGUGGGAGCAGCACCUCAUCGCCGAGCGCGACCGCCUCAACAAGGACCUGGAAACCGCACACAGCUCCAUCAAGCAGCUCGAGGCGGAAAUGAGGUAG